GUGUGUGCCGCGUUGAAGCGGUGUUGAACACGACGCGGCUACGUCUGCCGGAUCCGCAACUUGCUGUAAGGGUUCAAGUGUGUUGUCUCAACCACAUCCGUUUUUGUGUUGUACUACACAGCUUGCGUUACAGUAACAGUCUGUUUCUUUUUCCUACACCGAAAUCUGUAGAGGAGAUCUUAUUUCAAAACUUUAAUAAGUAAAUUAGAUCUAGAAUAGUGAGUUGGAUCUAGUAGAGAAUCCGUUUUGAACGCAAAUUAUUUGUGAAAACUAGAAUCUAGAUCUGGAUCUAAAUGAAGUCGACAAAGCGAAGCAAUGGCUCGGCGGGCCGAUGCAAGUUCCCUCUAAGCCGCGAAGAAAACGAGAAGCUGAUAGAGCUGGUGCGACAGAAUCGGGCCCUGUACGACCCUAGUUUUCAGGACCACAAGGAUGUCAACCACCUCCACAACAUAUGGUUGACUGUGGCGAUGGACAUGGGAAAGCCAGCAAUGGACGGUAUGGAAUGGAAGAAGAAAUGGCGGAACUUGCGGGACACAUACGUGAAGAAGAUACGAGGGAUACGUCAGAACGUCAAUGUGGCCGCCAUGAAGAAUUGGCGCUUCUUUGAGCACAUGUCAUUUCUGGAGCCGUUCCUGGAAGACAAUAUCUGUUCAAAGGCGUCGCCCCACGGAGACAUUGUCAGCAGUCUAUUGGCAUGCAGUCGAGAAUCUCAGGAGGACUCCUAUGACGAGCCUGAGGUGUCCUUCCCGUGUCAAGACUCGCCGCCGAGUCUUCGUGAUGAGACCAGUAGCCACGCCCUCGUGUCUGAAGACACAAUUAGCGACACCGCCUCCAUCAAAGAAGAGGAGGAUGCCAGCCCCCCAGAAGGACCAACAGAGUUAUCCCUCAAGUUGCCCCUGGCAACGGAAACAAAGUUACGUGCAAAGAAGAGGCCGCGCCUGGAGACCUUCGACUCAAACGAGGACCAGUGGAGGGGGAACGACCGGGCCCCUUACAUCAGCGAGGCAUCAGUCUCGGAAUGCUACAGCGCCAGGAGCGCGACCCAGAUCUUCUUCGACAGCUGCACCCUAAGGCUGGAGAAGCUUCCCGCCAGGACGCAAUCCUUCCUGCAGUUUCAGAUCGCCCAGCUCUUCUUCAACGCCGAGAACCCGGACCUGAACCCGGUACCGAUCAUGCCCCUCCCGGAGCACACGCAGCUGUGUGAGAGCAGAAGGACGGGUGACUCGCUUAAUCGACCCGCCAGCAACACCAGAAGCCAAGUUUAACCUCGCUCAAGCUGCCAGUCUAAACGUAUUUUAACUCUUUCUCUCCGUAAUUAUUUACCACAUUCUGGUGGGAAUCAACGUUGGUAUCGUCAGUUAGGAGAGAAAGAGUUAAUGCUACGUGCACUAUGUCGGUGCCGGAGUUACCACUAACUGAAGUGGGCUGAAGCAUGAGGCUAGAUAUCUGAUAAUUUAAAUCCUAUGCAUACCUUUCUUAAAACAUGAAUUUUUUUAAAAAAAUCUAUCGAAAGAAAUGUAUGUAUUCCAUUUCACAUUGAUGAAAACCUUAUACAGCACAGAAAAACAUAACAGUAUUAUAAACUAUUUAUGUUGCCUGACGGUCACAAUAUGUUAUAUAUUGAUAUUUAAAACUGUUUACUUGUAAUGGCAGCUUGUUGCCCCUUUAAAUAUUAUUUUAAUUUGUUGGAAAUCUUUUCAUACACUUGUUUGUUUGUUAAGUAAAUGUUCAGCUCCCGAAUCCUUCAUUUGUAGAUCAAAUGGGCGGGGCCUAUUUUUCCUAUGUAGAUCUAAUGGGCGGAUCCUGUAUUUAUCUAUUACCGUAUUAUAGAGUUUAAAAAAAAAUCUACAAUGUUAAUUUGUAAAUAUGGCGUUUGUGGCAAAACGGGGAACAGGUCAAUUGAAGGGUUAAGGAUAGAGCGAUGUCCUGGACACUUUAAAAAUCAGCAAUCUGGAAGUUUCCUGGGUUUUAUUGAUUUUGAUAUAAUUCAAUGAAGUACUAUAACAUAGUCUGGGAGUCACUGAAGUGAAUCGAGUGUGUGUGUGAAAGAGUUGACUUUGUUGAAUCUAAUUGUUAGUCCAGUCUGGCAGUCGAUGUGGUUUUUCUCGCCAGCGCUCGCGUGGAGCCUUAAAAAAUCUCUCUCAAUCCACUUUCCCCCCUGGCCAGAGAUGUCACUUUUGUAGGAAAAGUCGAGCUCCACAGAGACGAUUUUGGUGCUUCGUUUGUUGAUGAUGUGGAGGCAGAUCUCCAACAGCUUGGGGUUCGGGCAUAGAGACGAAAGGCUCAGGAGAGAUCCCAAUGGAGAGGGAUGCGAUGUGGUAGGCCAGAACCCUUCGCGUGCUGUAGCGCCACUGGGAUGGAUGGAUGGUUUGCUGUGGCUUGGUCACCUUUUGAUUGUGAACAUUGGGAUUUUCAGGACCACGUAAGCACACUCCAAUUCUAAUGGGCAACUGUGAGAACUGGAAGUCAAAAUAGGUCGUAGCGUCUGGUUGACUCACCCCCACCUCCCCCUUUUUUUUCUUCUUCGGUCUUGCUCCAGAAUCAAAUUUUAUUACAUACACUUCAAAGCGGUCUUGGUGGCUGGGUGGUAACUCGCUUGGCUUUCAAACCAAGGAGUCUCGUGUUUGAAUCUCGGUGAAGACUGUGGGAUAUUUUUUAUGUCGAUAUUUUUUAGGACACUAAAACUCAACUCUGACCUUACUCAGGAAUUAUAAAGGCGGUGGUCGUUGUGCUUCUCACACAACACCCUCGUAAACCGACGGUCAUAUAAACAGAUACUAAAAUCGGCCCUAUAAAUCGCUAAGUCUACUUUACUUUUUUUUUUAUGUCUUAGUCCAGUUUUAGCCUCACUACCACCCCCACCCCCCAACUCAAGCCUGGAUCUGUUGUUUAUCAUGUUAUAAACUUAAGAUGUUUUAUUUUAUUAAAUAAAAAUUGUGAUACGGUAUUUGAA